AAAACAAUGGCCGGCUGAUAGUGCUAAACUAACAUGAAUUUUGGACGAUUUUUUGGUCACUUUCAAAUGUAUAGCAAAAGUCGCCUUUUAACAUUACGCACAUGGAGUUUAGCAAGGAAUAUUUGGGGAAAUACGAAUGAAAGAAAAGUAAAAAGAAACAAAAUUGUAUCAGAACUGAAAAAAGGUUUCAUUCCUGACUUGAAAGAGAUUAAGGAAAAUGGUGGGAAGAGAUAUAAUGCACUGGAGAAACCGUUUCCGAAAGAAGAAUCGAUUACUUUACCAACAAUAACUGGUGUAACAUUGAGUGGAGAAUCAUUGGAACUGCCCAAGGAUAUUAUUGGUUUUGUUGUUCUCAUCUUAUUAUGGACUAGAGAUCAUGGACAGAGAGCGUGUGAUACAUAUCGAAGUGUAUUUCAAAAGAACUUUCACACUUCGGAUGUGAGGUGUUACGAGGUUAACCUGCUAGAUCGUUGGAUAUUUAAAAUGAUGAAGUCAUAUAUUAUUACAAAUCUGCAAAAGCAGUUACCUUUAGAUCGACAGCAAAAUUUUUAUGUUGCUAUGAUGGAGCUGCCGAGGUAGUUGACGCAAUUUUUGAAAACACGCUAGUUGGCCAUGCUGUUUUGAUUGACAGUAAGGGACGAAUACGAUGGAAAGCCCAUGGGCCCCCAACAGAGAAGGAGCUGACGUAUUUAGUAGAUUGCACAAGAACAUUACGCCUCGAAUGAAAUGAACUAUGGAUUGGUCAUUAUUUUCAUCUAUGUGGGAACUUGAAUAAAAACCUGGUUUUUACAUAUGUA